CGUGUCCUGGCACACAGCUACUCGGCACCUAUAACACCCGCCGCGGAAGAACUACUAUGGCAGAUCCGGUGAACGGCGCUGCUGUCGUCGAUGAAAUGGAGGAGGAGCAAGAUAAUCCUACGGGCGGGGUGACUUACCUGUGCGGAGAUUGCGGGUCGGACAACCUGAUCAAGGCGAAGGACCCAAUCCAGUGCCGACAGUGUGGCUACCGCAUCAUGUACAAGAAACGAACCAAGCGAUUAAUCCAGUUCGAGGCUCGAUGAUGAGGAGGGGCGGUUGCAGAUGCGGCAGGAAAAACUCACUCGUGUUCGGAAGACGAAAAAGAGGGAGAAGUGUGAUACGACAGCUUGUUGGUGUAAUUAACGAACACAGCACGAGGGGAGGGGGGAGGAGGAGGGACCGCGUCACAGCCACGAUGGAGUCUUUUUGUAGCUGGCGAUGCAUUGGGUAAUGCCCUAGGCGACGCAGCGCACAUGAGGAACACAAGAGAGAAGUUGAAAAGGGGGAUUGAUUCGACUUGGCACGAUCGCCGCAGAGUACCUUUUUUUUUUAAUUGUCUUCACUUGAACGAAACACCAAAUUGAUCCAUCUCCACAGACAAGCAAGAUCCUGGGAUUGAUUGGAAAUGGAUUCAUAGUGUCAACGAAAACGCUAUCUGUGUUUCUGGCACGAUUCCCCAAGCAGUGGACAGCGAUAUCUCCCCUGUCUCGUUGUUGGAGAAAACAGGCGAUGUCAGAGAGCUGGCGCCACAAAGCGUCGCCGGAUUUUCCGCAUAUACUGCUGUUUGUGGGAAGCAUGGGUGUUCGUUCCCUUGGGCUGGAGAGCUUGCAGAUGUGGGAGCAAUACGAUGACUUUAUCAUGGUGCACUGUAGCGUGUUGUGGUGGGCAGGUGCGGCAAGUUCAGCCCCGGAGUGGGACAUCACACAGCACAUCAGGAGCACGCACCAACACGUGUCCGAACCGCGUCUUAUUGCUGCUGAUAUGUUGUGUGAUGUCCUUCUCCGGGGCUGCACUUCCUCUGUACACGCAUUCUAUACAAGGAUGCCAUGUUGGUGUCCUGCUGGCCUACGACUUCGGUUGACGAAAGGGAGCUGACUAAUUGGCGUAACUUCAAGCCCAUGCCGUGGACAAAGAGAC